AUGAAUUCAAUGCAGCGCCCAGCCCUAGGUGAAUGUCUUGCAGCGUUCUCGGGGGCGUUCCCUGUGGCCUUCCUGGAACCAGAGCUCAACCAGUUCAACAACUACUCCAUCUACAUUACCAAGGGCUCCCGGGACAGAACAGCUCUAGAUCUGCCCUUCCAGGUCGGAGAGAUGUGUCCAGUCAUCCCGUCCCUGGAGAAGUCUCUGGAGGAGAUCAUGGAUCUGGCUGAGUCCGGCCUGCACUAUACGCAGAUGCCUCACGUUAUGGAGGUGGUGCUGCCCAUGCUAUGCAGCUACAUGUCUCACUGGUGGGAGCACGGCCCAGAGAACAACCCUCCAGAGACUGCAGCCAGCUGCUGUACUCACCUCACCUCAGACCACAUGAAUAGUCUACUGGGCAACAUCCUGAAGAUUAUCUAUAAUAACCUGGGGAUCGACGAGGGGGCCUGGAUGAAACGGCUCGCAGUGUUCUCUCAGCCAAUCAUUGGUAAGGCAAAAGGGGGACUGUUGAAGACCCACUUUCUGCCGCUGAUGGAGAAGUUGAGGAAGAAGGCUGCCACCGUACUGCAGGAUGAGGAACAGAUGAAGGCCGAGGGACGAGGGGAGAUGUCUGAGGCUGAACUACUCAUCCUGGAUGAGUUUACCAUCCUGAUCAGAGACCUCUAU